UUUCAUCAGCCAUGUUGGCGCAGAUGAACCGUAGGCGGGUGGAGCAGGGCCGCUUUUGGUUCGCUGGGAGCACGCUAAGCGCUGAUUGGCCACAGAGGAGCGUCGAAUCAGAACGUUCGCUGGUUGGUCGACGUUGGGCAGACGCCGGAAGUAGGCAGACAGACAACAUGGGGACUCGUUUGAAGGUCCUAAGCGUGUUUAAAAAGCUGCACAGGACAAGAAUUGAUGUAUUCAGAGAUGAUGAAAAAGCUCUGGCAGCUGCGAGGCUAAAGAUCAACGAGGAGUUCAAGAAAAACAAAAGGGAAACGUCAGAGGAAAGCAUCGAGAAGAUGAUUAAAAUGGGCUCAGAUGUGGAAACUGUUCUUCGUGAGGCGGUGCUGCAAGUGGAACAUGUUGAAGAAAAUAAGCUUUUGCUUCGACCCAGAGAGGGUCUCCUACUGGAAAAUGUACCAUAUUGUGAUGAACCCAGGAAGAAUUCGUGAUGAUCCUCAUUUAUUAAGUUUAUGUAUCUGCAAAGAGACAUUCAUCCAUCACUUCCAUCUGCAGUUUAAUGGAUGUAAUAACACAAUGUUCAAAGUUGUAAUGAAUGUAUUUGGGCAAAAAAACAAAAACUGCCAAAAACUUGAUGCCAUUAUUUUAUGUACAGUAUUUUAGCAGUUGUUAUUAAACUUGUUCUGCUGAUGCUUUUGAUUGCUUGUAAUAAAGCCAAACUGAUAUAAAUU